UCGUCGAGGUUGGGUUCUACUUUUAUUUCUGAAUCUGUUCAUUGGUUGUACGGCGUUGGUGCUCUUCUUGGACUUGCACAUGGAAACCUAAUUCAAAUAUCAAAAGAUCACAAUUGCACGUUCUUUAUAAAAGGAAAUUCAGCAAGAAGGCAGGUUCGUGUUCUGUUUUGCUUUGUUUUUUGUUUCUUCAUUGGCCGAUUAUCGUUACUGUUCUUUCUUCUAUCUAUGUUGUUCUAUGUUUGGUGUGUAUCAACUUGGAACAAGGGACUCGUAGUCUUAGGGAAACUGUUUUGGCUGUUAAGUAAGUCGGUCAGUCAGUCGUGUCUGCUGUCUGCUUCAAAUGAUACCUAUAGAUGUUGUCUUGGAUCGGAUAGUGGUCUGGUGUCUUUUCUCCCGUGCUCCUCACGGAAACAUUUACAUGGUUGCGCUUCACACGUGUCUCCUCUUCCCGCCUCCAACUUCCCUUCCAACAAGGCUCAAUAUGAAGGUACACUCCCCCCUCGUUCUUUGCUCACGCUCUGUGCAAUUGAACAUAUCCUUGGAGAAAAGCUCGGACUUCCACAAAGCUCAAAGGUCGGCACCGAAGAUAACAACUCGGCGUCGACUCCCAGGGACCGAGCUCUCCCUUCAGGUAUCCAUACAAGAACAAUUGGCGCCCACCGUGGGGCCUCGAAAUAAACACCCUUCUUUCUAUAGGCCCCAUUUCCUUCCAAUAGUUUCAAACUUACCAGCACCUUUGUAAACAAAGGUCAUAUAGUAAAUCAUUAAGGCCCGAAAAAGGCCGAUCUAUAUCUGUUUUUCCGAUCAUUAUCUGUCAUCUCUGUAUUUUUCAAAUCAUCUCUGGUAUAUUUAUUUGCCGAUCUAUAUCUGCUUUUCCGAUCAUUAUCUGUCAUCUCUGUAUUUUUCAGAUCAUCUAUGAUAUAUUUAUUUGCCGAUCUAUAUCU